GAGACUCAUGGAUCCUAGGCCUUCUCGCAAGCUGGUAGGCGCGGUGGUGAGAACCAGGAAGGUUGUGGAAGAGACAGUGAAGGUUUCAGCCGUUGUUGGGAACAAUUGCAACGGUGACUCUGCUCCAAUUGAGUCGUUGGCUGCUUCUAACAACUCAGCGCCUAUCGAGUUCUUGGAAGUUGAUGACCUUGCUGCUGCUGCUGCUGCUGCUGCUGCUAACCUGUCUCCGGGCGUGACCGAUGUUGCUGCUGACACUAAGAAGACGACCUCAAUCUCUACCAGAACUCAGAGACAGGUGCCUGUCACUGGACCGGACGGGAAACAAGAUGCGUUCCCAAAGCAAGAGAAAGAAGAACGAAAGCCACAGGCUGGUGGAGCUUCUCUUGUUGAGCGCGAGAAGGAAAAACAGGAGGUGGUAGAGGAGACUCGAGAAGAAGAGGCAUGGCCUAUUGGAGAUAAAGAAAGAAAGGCUAAAGUGCCAGAUGAGAAUACUGAAGAGACUCGAGAGGAACCAGGAGAGGAGCUAGAAGAAACUCAAGAGGGAGAGGAGGAGCCUGUCGAAAAAGAACGGAAGGUAAGAGUACCAGAAGCGGAGUUAGAAGAAACUCAAGAGGAAGAGGAAGAGCUUCUUGAGAAAGAAAAGAAGGCAGUAGCACCAGAUGAGGAGCUAGAAGAGACUCAAGAGGAAAAGGCGGGGCCUGUCGAAAGAGAAAAGAAAGCAAGACCAUCAGAGGAAGAGAUGGAAGAGACUCAAGAAAAAAAGGAAGAUCCUCUUGAGAAAGAAAAUAAGGCAGUGGCAACGGAUGAGGAGCUAGAAGAGACUCGAGAGGAGGAAGAAGAGGGCUUUGGAAGAGAGAGAAAGGAAAGAGCACCAGAUAAGUUGCUAGAUGAAAUUCAAGAGGAAGAUGAAAUUCAAGAGGAAGAAGAGUCUCAAGAGGAGGAAGAAGGGUUGCUUGAAAAAGACGAGAAGCAAGAAGCACCAGUUACAGUUGAGACACAGAAGGGAAAAAAAAAGGACACCGAGGAGCAGGAGGAGGACGUGGGUGCUAAGAAACGGAAGCAAAGAGCAGCGGACGAGGUAGCAGCAGCUAUCGAGGGGCAAAAGAAGCCGAAGGCGGCCGAGGAGACUCCCAAGAAAGAAGAGAAGGCCCAUUUUGGAAAAAAAGAACCCAAGCAGGAACCCUCCAAAAGGAAGAGGAGGAGGAGAAGGAGAGUUGAAGACUUGGGAGCGGGAGUGUACAAAAACUAUGUUCUCAAGGUAUUGAAGCAAGUGCACCCUGAGCUCCGGAUAUCGUCAGUGGCCAUGACAGUGCUGAAUGGUUUUAUAGCGGAUAUGUUCGAGAGGUUGGCUGAGGAGGCAUCAAAGCUAUCCAAGCAUACGGGCAAGCAUACUUUGUCCUCGCGGGAGAUCCAAGCAGCAGUCAGGUUAGUGCUGCCGGGAGAGAUAGGGAAGCACGCGGUCGCAGAAGGAAGCAAGGCUGUCACGAAAUAUCAAGAAUAUCCGGAACGUUAGCUUUUAUGGGCAGUUUUUAGGAUUCUGCAUUUUGUUUUGCUGCAGAAUUCAGCGCCUUCUUUUUCUUUUUGUAUAGUCCUUCAUGUGUCCGACGGGACUGCAUCUUGUACAAAAUCUUGUUUUUGUUGAGGUUCAUAAUCCUCUGGUAUAACGUAAUAGUUACUUUAUUUGCA